AUGAGAGCUUCAACAACAACCACAUUGAGGACAUUGCGACGCCUCACGUCUCUCAGCCGCCAUCCAACCCAAACAAUCUCUUGCGCACAACUCCCUCUCCCCUCGUUCUUUCGCAAAAUGUCCUCUUCCCCCCCCCCCUCCGCCCAAACGACGCCCGGCACUACCCUCCUCCGCCAGCCCGUAACCCUAGCCUGCAUCCAACUCCCCUCUACAUCCACCAAAUCCGACAACCUCUCCCACGCCGCCACCGCCGUCUCCUCGGCCGUCAAAUCCACCUCGGCCAAAAUCGUCGUCCUCCCCGAGUGCUUCAACUCCCCCUACGGCACCGACCACUUUCCCUCCUACGCCGAGCCCCUCCCCGCGGACCCCUCCAACCCCUCCCCCGACCUCAACCCAUCCUUCCUCGCCCUCCAAAACAUCGCCCGCGACAACAAAGUCUACCUCAUCGGCGGCUCCAUCCCCGAGCUUGUCGUUGAAAGCAACAACAACGAGAAGAAAUACUACAACACCUCCCUCAUCUUCUCACCCGAGGGAAAACUCCUCGCCACGCACAGAAAAGUCCACCUUUUCGACAUUGACAUCCCGGGCGGGAUCACGUUCACCGAGUCGGACAUCCUGUCGCCGGGGAAUAAGCUUACGAUUGUGGACCUCCCCGAGUACGGCAAGAUAGCCGUGGCGAUUUGCUAUGACAUUCGCUUCCCCGAGUUGGCGACCAUUGCGGCCAGAAAGGGAUGCUUCGCGUUGAUCUAUCCCGGUGCUUUCAACCUUACUACUGGGCCGCUGCACUGGAAGCUGUUGGGACAGGCGAGGGCGGUGGAUAACCAGCUGUAUGUGGCGCUGUGCAGUCCGGCGAGGGAUAUGACCGAGGGGGUGUACCAUGCUUAUGGGCACAGUUUGAUCGUGGACCCGAUGGCGAAAGUGCUGGAGGAGGCUGGUGAAGGGGAGCAGGUUGUUAGUGCGGUGUUGGAUGGGGACAGCAUUGAGAAGGCGAGAAAGGGGAUUCCAUUGAGGGAUCAGAGAAGGUUUGAUGUUUAUCCUGAUGUUAGUGAGGGGAAGGUGAACUAUGACGAGAAGCCAUAG